UUCUUCCUCUCCAUUAAUUCUCCUGAACUAAAUCAGCUCUACCUAUAUUUCUGGUUGUGACUAAUAUGGAUCUUCCUCAAACGCAAGGCAAAACGCUCCCCGAUGCCUGGGACUAUAAGGGUCGGCCGGCGGAGCGGGCCCAUACUGGUGGCUGGACUAGCUCUGCUAUGAUCCUAGGUGUUGAGGCUGUUGAGAGGUUGACAACGUUGGGUAUUGCCGUAAAUUUGGUGACUUACUUGACGGGGACCAUGCAUUUGGACAAUGCUACCUCCGCCAACACUGUCACCAACUUCCUCGGCACCACUUUCAUGCUUUGUCUGCUCGGUGGAUUCGUUGCCGACACUUUCCUCGGCAGGUACCUUACUAUUGCCAUCUUCGUCACUGUGCAAGCAAUGGGUGUAACAAUCUUGACUAUCUCUACCAUUAUCCCAAGCCUCAAACCACCAAAAUGCAACAUGGAAACGGGGUCCUCCUGUAUCCAAGCAAGCGGCAAACAGCUUACUGUUCUAUACUUGGCACUGUACCUUAUUGCGCUGGGUACCGGGGGUCUGAAAUCCAGCGUGUCCGGAUUCGGUUCGGACCAGUUCGAUGACUCGGAUCCCAAAGAGCGAACUCACAUGACCAAUUUCUUUAACUGGUUCUUCUUCUUGAUAAGCAUAGGGUCUUUGGGUGCAGUUACAAUCCUGGUUUACAUACAAGACAACUUGGGGCGUGAAUGGGGGUACGGUAUAUGCGCUUGUGCUAUUGUGAUAGGAUUGCUUGUGUUCCUUUCUGGCACGAGACGAUACCGUUUUAAGAAACUGGUGGGAAGCCCCAUAACCCAAAUAGCCACCGUGUUCGUGGCUGCGUGGAGGAAAAGGAAUGAGGAACUGCCAGCGGAUACAUCGUUGCUGUAUAAUAUUGAUGAUGCUGAAAAUGUUGGAAAGAAGAAGAAGCAAAAAUUGCCACAUACAGAUCAGUUCCGUUUCUUGGACAAGGCAGCAAUCAAGGGACAAGACACGAGAUUGGAAAACAAGUGGAGUCUAUCCACAUUAACAGAUGUAGAAGAAGUUAAACAAGUGAUCAGGAUGUUGCCAAUCUGGGCAACCACCAUUAUCUUUUGGACUGUCUACGCCCAAUGCGUCACCUUCUCUGUCUCGCAAGCUACAACAAUGGAUCGUCACAUUGGCAAAUCCUUUCAAAUCCCACCAGCUGCCUUAACCGGAUUCUUCGUCAUCAGCACUCUAGUCACUGUUCCUGUUUACGACCGACUCAUGGUCCCCGUCGCAAGAAAGGUUCUCAAAAAUCCCCAUGGCCUAACCCCAUUGCAGCGAAUUGGUAUAGGUCUCGUCUUCUCAAUCAUUGCAAUGGCAGCAGCAGCUCUGAUUGAAAUCAAGCGACUCAGAACCGCACGAUUACAUGAUCUCUUGGACAAUCAAGAGGCUGAGAUUCCAAUGAGCGUGUUCUGGCUGGUGCCCACCUUUUUCUUUGUGGGGUCGGGUGAGGCCUUUACUUAUAUAGGCCAGCUUGAUUUCUUCCUAAGGGAGUGUCCUAAAGGAAUGAAGACCAUGAGCACAGGGUUGUUUCUGAGUACCAUUUCAUUAGGGUUUUUUGUUAGUUCUUUGUUGGUGAGUAUAGUACAUAAGCUAACGGGUAGCCACCCAUGGCUAGCCGAUAACCUAAACAGAGGGAGACUCUAUGACUUCUACUGGUUGCUCGCCAGCUUGAGCGCAUUGAACUUUGCCGUAUUUUUGGUGUGUGCUAAAUGGUAUGUUUAUAAAGAAAAGAGACUUCUUGCGGAGGGGAUCGAGUUGGAGGAAGCAGACGUUGGUUUCCAUGCAUGAUCCAUCGAUAUUAUGCAGCUUUUAACUUCAAGCAUAUAUCUAGCUGAUCAUCAUCAAUGACGUCGUAUGGUGUUUUGAGUUUCCUUUUUGUUUUGCUUUUUUUUUUCUUUUUUUAUAAAUGGUUAAUAUUGUUGCAAUUUUAACUUGUUGAUAUCUUGUACAAAAGAAAAUUAUAUAUAGAACCACGAAGCUGCAAAAAAGGAACAAAAGGAAUCAUCGGGCUUUGGUGUAGCAAAGAAUUUGCAAUGCUACAGUUGCAUGUACAAUUACAGAAAAUAAUAAUCAAGUUGAUGCAUAAGUAUAUAUA